AAAUCUGUGCACGCGAUUUACUGCUGCUAGUGGCGCGGAAUUACUUUGUGCAAAGCUGUACUACCAGAAGCACGUUACUCCGAGAAAGAGAAGCAAUAAAGAAAUACUGAACUACAAACAUUUAAAAAUGCGUCCAUCUCGCACGAAGCGUGGUCUGACCCCCCAGUUACCAUAUACCAGGAUGAGUCUGCGCAGCUAUCGGAAUGUCGCCCUGGUGCCGAUGGAGUCGUCUUCCUCGUCCUCUUCUGAUGACAGCUGUGACAGUUUUGGUUCAGAUGGCUUUGCCAACACUAAGAAAUCCGUGAAGCAGCCCAAGGUGACGAAGGUGGUCAGGGGCCCUGCGGAGGACAAGGCACAGAGUGCGUCUGAAGACAGAGAGUUCAGCAAGGGGAUGGAGGCUAUGAAAGUGGACUCUGAUUCUGAGGCUUCCGGGCCUCAGCGCCGGACCAGACGCUCGCACAUCCUGAAGGUGGCGCUGAAGUUCCCCGUCAGGAAGGCGAGCGAACCGAAGCCCACAGUGAAGCCCCUGCCUCGGCAUGGAGGGUCCGAGCCUGACUCAGACGAGGGGGAGAACUUCAUGGACAAGCGAGCACUUAACAUAAAAGAGAACAAGGCAAUGCUGGCGAAGCUCAUGGCGGAGCUGAAUAAAGUGCCUGGGCUCUUUCCCCGAAGGCCUUCCUCACUGUCGGCGGACUCGCCUCGCCGCGUGCCACGCCGAUCUCUGGAGGCAGCCGGACCCUGCCGGAGGAACCCAGAGCGUGUCUCCCGACCGCACACGCGCUCUCGCUCUGCUGUGGAUGGACCGCCCAGCCCAGUUCGCGAGGACCCAGAGGACCGGUUCACUCUGGUGCGCAGGAGCCGUUUCUAUGAGGAGGAUGACGAACCGGGGGAGCCCCGAAGGCGUGGAUACCAAGGGGCGCUGGCCAUUCCCCACGUGGUGCGGCCGGUGAGCGAGGUCACCCAGGAGGAGCUGAACAACAUCUGCUUCACCGUCAGAGACAAAGUGUACAACCGCUGCACCGGCUCCACAUGCCAUCAGUGCCGCCAAAAGACCACAGACACAAAGACCAACUGCCGCAACCCCGAGUGUGUCGGGGUCCGAGGUCAGUUCUGCGGGCCAUGCCUACGCAACCGCUAUGGAGAGGAGGUCCGCGACGCCCUGCUGGACCCGGACUGGCAGUGCCCCCCCUGCAGGGGCAUAUGCAACUGCAGCUUCUGCCGGGCCCGCGAGGGUCGCUGUGCUACGGGCGUCCUGGUCUACCUGGCGAAGUACCACGGCUAUGACAACGUGCACGCCUACCUGAAAAGCCUGAAAAGGGAGUUGGAGGAGGAGGAGAACCAGUAACGACCUGGAGCCCUACUGUGUCCUUUCUGCAUCGGGUGUUUUUCUAAGCUGAUGCUUGGGGUUUCCGUUCGGCUUUCAUAUUUUAAAACGCACAUGGUCUUGCAUCCUGUUGAUAUGCAAGUCCUAGUUUUUCAAUAGGCCAUUAAAUGACCUAGAGAAGAUGCUUUCCUUAAUUACAUUGUUUUAAAUGUAUAAAAUAAGCAGUUGAUUUCCUAAGGUGGUAUACAGUCUCCUUGUUCCAAAAAAAUCAAUUGUGAAAAGGGCUGAAAUAGUUGUGCCAUUUCUUAUAUAUGAAAGUUGCGUAGUUUUUGCGUUGCACAGAUGUGUUGAUUUCUGUGGUGGCAUUUUGUAAUCAGGGGAAAAUGUUUGGGAUACCUGUGUAUUUACGUAGAAAACGGUUAUUUUUUUUCUACUUGAUUAUAGGUCACAAGUCCUUUUUUCCCCAGCAGUUUAGCUAGUAUGCUUAAGUUGUAAAUUUUGAUGCUGAAGUCUCUCUCGUCCUGGGUCUUUUAAGUGGUCCACUCAUGAAUCACUCAUUUAACCACUUAAAGUGGUUAAAACUUCCAUUGUAAGAUUGCACUCUUAGAAAAGAGCUUUGCAUUCACUCUUAAGAUAUGAAAAAUUGCUUUGAUGAAUUACUACUGCUUCAGUACACGGGGGCCCUGUGGUAGAGGGGGGCAGUGUGUUUUGUUUGGCAAGGUAUGAACUUUCCCAUCAGAUGUGCCUUAACUGAUUGUCUGUACAUGCAUUGUUCAGGAAAUCUAUUAACAUAGAUGGUAGAUUGAGUUUAGAUGUUCAGGCUUCUCUGAAAUUGUUCUUUUAGGGAUCCGUGUGUAUGUACUGCACACAAGCGAACAAAUAAAAACAUUUACAGUAAACUUUG